GAAAAGGCUGCUCUUGAUUAAUAUAUCGAAAGUAGUAGGAUGCAUGUACUAUACUCAAUAAGAAAGGAAAUUAAUGCUGAAUCACUAAGAUUACUUGGAAUUAUAAACGAGAAAGGGUUAAAAUAACUACUUAAAUAAACUCGAGUGAUAAUUGAGAAGCAUCAAUAUUUAAAUUGAAAAAUAUGUUUAAAUCCCUAUGUCUUGCAUGGAUUCCAAGAUCUUUUUCAACAAAAGGUUGUUUGAAAAUUAUUCUUGAUUUGCCUUUCAAAAGAGUAGGGGGAUUAAACUACAGGUAUUGGUUCCAUCAUCUUAUGAAUAUUCAAAAUCAGAAGUCCUGGACCACGCGCAUAUGGAGGGUUUGUUGUAAAAGCGAGGUUAGUAUCCAUGGUAAUGAAAGCAAACAAAAGAAAAAAGAAAAAAAGCUUUCAAGAUGCCCAUACUACACUACUAAAGCUGGAGAAAGAAAAAAGAAAGUCAGUAAUUCUAUUGCUUUAGUAUGCAACAAGUUAACAUACUGAGACAAAGUUUGUAACGUUGUUUUUUCUUACCCUGUGAUUGAGUUUCAUCAAUUUAUUAAAACAGGAACUGCUUAACACAUUCGCCAGCAAGUGCUUACAUCAUGGUAUUCCUAUAUUUGUCAUCGAACCAUCCGUACUGCAGCACCUGUUGUCUGCCAAUGAGUCGGAACCUCCCUGUAUCCUGUGCGCGGCCGGAGAUGUCAUCUCACUGGGGGUGUUUGGAGCAGACUGGGACAAAGGGGAAUCUCUCCUUCUAGAAUUCAUUGACCUUGAUAUUGUACUGAAUGAAGUGACCGCUCCUGAUCCCCGCCUGUUGUCCUUGGAGUGGAUCACUGUCUCCAGUGUUCCUACACAUUACCUCAUCCGCCAGUCGGGAAGCCUUCCUCUGCAUCUGGUGGUAUUCUACGAACGGGACGACAACUACUGGUGGCACAGUUCGCUUGAACCCUCGACUACCUCGAACAGUCAGAUCUUUCACGGAUUCAACACUACGUUUGGAAACAGCGCAGGAGCAUAUGACAGAUUCGAUGUCCGACUGACGACGGUGGACGGCAUAUGGCUCUACCUCCCGCACCCAGUAGGGGAGUUCCUGGCCCAGAUGCCGAGGUCCAAGUUCAUUGAGUGUGACUAUCAAGGGGCGCAGACAUAUCUCAGUAAAAACCCUGCAGAAAGAAAUCUACUAACAUUACAUGGGGCAGAGGUCCUGUACCAAGCGAAGAGGGUUCUGGAUCCUCUUGGCGUUCCUUUCUGGCUAAGUUUUGGCACUUGUUUUGGUUGGUAUCGACAGUGUGGUUUCAUUCCCUAUGCCGGUGAUAUAGACAUAGAGAUUCCCAUUCAGCGCUACAGUACAGGCAUCGUGCCGGCGUUUUUGGAAGCCGGAUUUCAACUCCUGCAUGUCAAGGGGAAGAUUUCUGAUAGUUUCGAAAUGGCUUUUAAAGCUCAUGGCAUCAAGAUCGAUGUGUGCUUCGUGUAUGAGGAGAAGACCUAUCUAUGGCUAGGAGCAACCGACGCCCUCAAUGGCCAGAAGUAUAAAUACAUUCUUCCAAAGUUUGACACUUGCUGGACUGACUUCAUGGGUUGCCGACUGCGCAUCCCCUGUCCUACUCUGCCCUACAUCACUGCCGCCUAUGGCAAGAACUGGAACACUUCAGUGAAGCAGUGGGACUGGAAGGGAAGCGCGGGUAACGUGCAGAAGAACGGGGUCUGGCCAAAGGAAGAAUGGCAAACUGUGAUACAGAGGUGGUGAGGUGAAAUGGGGUUUAACGUCGCGUCCAAGAUUAUGCACUUAUAUAGCGACGUGCAUGCACGUGUAUGUGUGUGUGUGUGUGUGUG